CAGACCCGACGGGACCGCCGUAGCAUCGCCUCCGCUCUGAUGGCGGCUGCCAAGGAAACUCAGGACGAGCACGACACCUCCACGGAGAAUGUGGAGGACUCGAACCCUAAACCGCGGUUUGAAUCCAUAAACUCUCUUCCUGAGCAAUACAUUAAGACCCUAGAAGAAGAUGAAGAAGAGCUCUUUAAGAUGCGAGCCAAGCUGUUCCGAUUUGCAUGUGAGAAUGGCCUUCGGGAAUGGAAAGAGCGAGGGACCGGGGAUGUGAAGCUGCUGAAGCACAAGGAGAAAGGGACUAUACGCCUUCUUAUGAGAAGGGACAAAACUCUGAAGAUCUGUGCAAACCAUUAUAUAACGCCAUUCAUGGAGCUGAAGCCCAGUGCAGGCAGUGACAGGGCCUGGGUCUGGAACACACUUGGUGACUUUGCUGAUGAAAGUCUCAAGCCUGAAGUGCUGGCUAUUCGAUUCCUAAAUGCAGAAAAUGCCCAGAAGUUUAAGACAACAUUUGAAGAUUGCAGGAAGGAGGUAGAAGAAAGAGGAAAGAAAGCAGGAGAAGGCAAAGAGAGCAGCACUGAAAAGGUGGUAGAGAAAUUCUCGGAGAUGUCAGUGAAGGAUAAGAAAGAAGGCCGCCGCCAAGAGCUUGAGAGCCCCAAGGAAUCAAAGAAGAAAACCUAGGACCUGGGCUUGUUACUGCAAUAAAUCAUCUCCUGGGCUUUGCCUUCUUUCCUUUAUUUUCUUUAUUUUUGUUUCAUUUUUUUUGUUUGUUUUUAAUAAGGGACCAUAUAUAAAGAACUGAAUUCUGCUCUCUAGGUUGUUUUCUCAGCUUUUACCCUUUGAAGAUGUCUUCAGCAAACAUUCCCAGUCACUUGUACUGUGCUCAUGACAUUCUUUUCCAUUGUGGAAACGCUUAUUUAUAAUAUAGCCUAAAGAGUGGAUAAAACAUUUGAAUGCUGGGAAAGAAAGAAAAGAAAAAGAAAGAAUGAUAAUGAAGAAAAGACAUGACAUGCAAUUAAAAAAAAAGAUUUAACUUCAUUAUUUAAACAGGCUAUGGGAAAAAAUGUAAAGGAGAAGUGGACAACAGAAAUGACAUUGAUACCAACUUUAAUAAUUUCAUACAGAAGUUAAGCCACAUAAUUUAAUUGCUACAACAAGAAGAAUAAAAGAGCCUAGAAAAUACCGUAGUAAUCAAUUUACCUACUUGUCUUCAAGAGAGAGAGAUGGUUUUCAAAGCCCACACAGUUAGAACAUAAAUUAACUUGUAAAAUUAUAUUAGAAAAAAAGCAUAAUAUAGGAGUAUUAAUAACAAUUUCUUAUAUUGCAGAAAAAUAGUGAAGGGUAAAACUAGUUUAAGGAAAGCUUAACAAGAUGUCUAGCUAAGCUAACAUAUACGAAGGUAAUUUGAUGAUGAAAGAAGAUUAAAAACAAAUAAAAACCCUCCAUUUCCAAAAACCCCCAUGAUAUUUUCUCCAAAAUUCUCCAACCUAUUAUUUAAGUUACUACCAUCUUCUCAAUCAUCCAGGAUCACAAUAAAUAGGUUUCAUCAUUAACUCUUUACUGUCUCUUACCCUCCAAAUCUGUAAUAAAAUCAUGUCACUGUUUUCUUCAUAACAUCUCUCCUAUAUGCCCUCUAUUUCCUCUUCUGACAUUACCACUAUUUUGGUGUAGGCCCUCACCUCUUUACAUGAUACCUAGACUCUUUUAAUACAUUGGUCUACCAAUUUAUGCAAGUUUCCCUCCAUUCUAGUCCAUCCUUCAAUUAGCUUUCAAAAUGAUCUUCAAAAGCACAGUUCAAACUAUUCCCCCUAUCCACAGCUCCCCCCCCCAAUAUUUAGUAAAUUCUAGUGGCUAUUAUUCAAAUUGUUUCAUAAUCUGUCCUUCAGCUCCCUUCUUUCCAGUCUUAUUGGGCUUUAUACUCCUUACCCCUCCCAUGUAUUCUGUGAUCCAAAGAUACUAGCUACUUUGCUUUUCAUUGAACAACUCCCACACUAGCUUUUUCACUGGCUGUCCUCCGUGAUUGGAUCUUUCUCCUUCCUCGUCUCCACCUCUUUGGCUUCUUUCAAGUUCUACCUGAAAUCCCACCUUCCACAAGAAGUCUUUUUCAAUUUUCCUUAAUUUUAGUGUCUUCCCAUUGUUGAUUAUUUUCAAUAUAUCUGGUAUAUAGCUCAUUUGCAUGUAAUCUCCUCCAUUAGACAUUAAAGUCCUGGAGAGUAGGUGAUAUCUUUUGCCUUUGUUUAUAUACUCUGUGCUUAGAACAG